AUGGCAUUGCGCAAAGGCCGCGUGAAACCCGCGCAAUACCCCACAAUAGCAUUCCAUGGCAUUCGUUGUGCACAACUCGUGUCGUCAGCGGUAGUCGCAAGCAUCAUGCUCUACUUUUGCUCUGAACUCGCGCGCGACGAGUACCAGCUACCGUGGACCUUUUUGCUGCUGUUCUCCGUUUCCCUCCUGACAAUCAUCGCCCUUGUAGCCACAAUAGCCAUGCACUGUUUCUACGGCCUCAAUCCCGUGCUGAACAUCGCCCUAAACUCGUUGCUCGCGAUCCUUUGGGCUCUGGCUUUCGCUCUGCUUGCGUGGUGGUCCUCUGGUACACUGGCGCACGUUUGCAACGUUGAGAACUGGGAGUCUGACAUGGGCAUAGCUGUAUGCCGACUAUACAAAGCGUUGUUCAGUUUCACAUUAUUUGGGCUGCUGUCAACAUUGCUUGCGUUGGUGCUAGACGUGAGGGUGCAACGCAGCGCUACGGAAAGAGGCAGAUUUCAGCAGUUAGAUGCGCUUGGCAGCGUCGGCAAGAUAGACGACCAGGGACCUGAACAUCCUGGCAGGCAUGGUAUAGCAGGCGCCCCGGGCAUACAGCGACAACAAAACAGCCAGGAACGCAAUGGGCAUCGGUAUUCACUACCUGAAGAGCAGUUUGCCUAUGACGACAGUCUCGCAUAUGUAGGAUCGGCAGGACAGAUAGGACGGAGGAGUCUAGAUGAGCGGAUAUAG